UCAUGAAUGCGUUGGCAGCCUCACCAGCUGCAGCUCUACACGUGCAGGGUACCCCUCCUCAUCGAAGUCCCCCGCCCUGCUCUCAUUGGCAAUCAGCCCAUAAUGGUCUCGCUCUGCCUGGUCAAUGCACUGCUCCACUCCUCUACGGAACUCAGCCUCUCUGCUCUCACCCCCCUCCCGAUUGUGCAAAGCACUCAGAUCGACAGACGCUUUCAGACAGACAGUCGCAGGCCGCACGGCAGCGAUCAACGCGACGCCAGAUGCAACCCCACUCAUCGUUUUGCUAUUGAUCACUUCGACAGUCAUAGAGGCGACGUGAGGGUAUCGGGUGCAGUCAGAGGUGGCGGGCACAUCUGAGCCACACACCGAUGCCACCACCUCGACGCUCUCUAAAGUGACAGUGGGGGGCAGCUGCGAUAGGCAAAAUGCUGCCACGCCCAGGUUCGACAAACAUGCCAGACUGACUGCCGUGAGCCUGUCUAAUGUGCCCAGCAACGCACCCAGGCCAUUGAGACCUGCCGCAUCAGCAGACACCCUAUGGUCGGCGUGGAGGUUGAGGCUGGUGACGUUGGGCAGGUGGCGAUUGCCACCGGUGGUGUCGCUCUUGGCUGCCAUCCACUGCGGCACACUCGACAAGGCCCGGGAUGACGUCAGCCCCUCCACCGAUAGCUCGGUGGCCAUGGUGAAGACCAGCAGGCCGGCCCAUGACUGGUCCAGAGGCUUCCCGCCACACCGCAGAGUCAUCUGCAUGGACAGACAAGGAGCAGGGGUGAGUCUUCGUCUGUUUGCGGCCUCUUGUCUGGUGCGCUCCCCACCUUGUAUGCUGUCUUGCUGACGUCUUUGAUCAUCUUUGCCAUGGGGCCAGUGGGUGCAGGAGGCGAAAUGACGAGGUCCCUGGAGCAGUCGAUAACCAGCCAACCGGCACUCCAGUCGACCGUGCACUUGACCGACGCUGCACACAGACCCACACACACAGCAGAUGCACAGCAUUGCAAUCCUCCUGUUUGUCCAUUUGUCGGUUCGUCGUACUAACUUACCUGCCCAGUUGACGAAGGCAGGGAGGCUCAUCUGAUCACGUCCUGUGGGAUGGAGCAGCUCAUUGGUGAAGGGGACGGAGAUGUAGUUACUGUACGCCAGGCCGAUCCUCUUCUCAACGUCUGCACAUAGGCACAAACAGUGCGGUCAGCCUGUCGGUGGUUCCUCUGUCUGUUCGCUCGGUGGCUCACGCACCCUUCAGACUAUCCUUGCUCCAGAUGGGGUCGAGAGCACUCUUGAGCCUCCCCAGCUUCCACGUGAAGUCAUAGGGGCACAGCUCCACCCACUCGAUGUCGGUGAUCCCUGAAUGAGGGAGACGACAUCCUUCUCGUGGUCAGCAAACAGCUCGCCGAUCGCUGCAGACAAGUGGGAGGGGCAGAGAAUUGAUCUGUGGAUGCAGGAGGUGCGUGCAUGUGGGAGGCGAUUGCUUACACAGGGAAGUGAGCUUUGGAGCAUGCUCCACGAUGUCCUUGGCAUGCCAGCCGCGCCCCCCAACUCGCAGGCGAAGAAGUGAUGGGAAUCGCCACCCUCGAAACCUAAACACACACACACACAGAGGGGAUGAUCAGUGCAUAGCGGUGUGACCAUGGAGAACAGUCAUGCUUACCCGCGGUGAUCUGGCCACUGUUCGACGUAAAGGUCCUCAAGUUGCGAGAAGGUCACAGUGGACGGUGAAGUCGGCACGCUGUAGGGGUAAUCCUCAAAUUCGUCGUCGUUCUCGAGUCUCUUCUCGCAGAGCUUCAUGCUCCUCACUGUGUCGCGGGAGGCCUCGAUGCACUCGAGAGGGAAGUCGAGGGCCUUCCAGUGAGCGCUGAUGUGCACCGUCCGCAGCCGACCCUGCCACCAGACAGACAGACAGAGGUCAGCCAUGGUCACUCCACUUGGUUGGUGCGGUGUGCUGGAGCACCAGUUUCUGCUUCAGGAUGGGAAGUGUCUCCUCUCUCUGCCGUCUGAGGUCCGCCCCGCCCGCCGCCCCCUCCCCGGCCGAGUCGUCCUCUCCCUCUCCCUCCUCGUCGUUUCCCUCCCCUCCCUGAUCCUCUUCCUUCUCUUGUUCCUCCUCAUCUUCUUGUACAUCCUCCUCAUUGCUGCCGUCGCCAUCGAUGCCAAGGUCGUUGCGCGUGUUCCAUCCCCAUCGAUGCCGUCGCCACACGGCACCUCUCCGAAUGCCCCGAUCCCACCACUGUCGCUCGUCCUCACCGAUGACCAAGCGGCGGUACACGCCACGCCCCUGGUGUCGUCGGUGACGAGGUGCCUCAUCGACUGGUUGACGCGGGAGAGGGGCGCGGAGUCUUUGGUGGGCAGGAAGGCCAACACGAUGUGCGCCACGUCGGGCGGCAGGCCGUCCAGAGAGGGACGACCGAGCUGACCACACACACAGGGGCGGAAGUGUCAUGUUGUGUGGAUGUUUGGGCUGGUCUGAUGUGUGGCUUGCCUGGGUUAUUGUGGCGUCUGGUGGGAGGGUUUUGGUGGCGAUGGGCUGCGGGAGUGGCGGCUUGGCGACUGCCACGUUGUCGAGUGUCUUGAUGAGACCCCGCAGCGUGUCGUGUCGCGACGCCACCGACUGCUCCACCGUCAUCAGCUUACUCGACAGGCCCGGCACCUGCCAACACACAUCACCACUCACAGAGAGGAGGAGAAGGGCGUGUGUGUGUGUGUGUGUGUACCUUGUCGGCCAGUGUGGGAGUGACGUGUGGUCGCACCUCUGACAGCACGGCCGCCGUCUGCGCCUCGAGCGAUUUGAUCUUCUUCAACAAGGGGACCAGCCGACAAACAUUCGCUUUGUCGGCCUGAGGGAAUGAACGCACACACGGACACACACAGAGCCAUCAAGUGCGUCUGUCUGCGCGUGUCGUCCCUGCAGGUGGCUGUGCUGCUGACCCAGUCUAUGACGGGAUGCACCCCUUGGUCCGACGGCUGCCCGCCAUCUACAGCUACACCAGUGCUACAUCCUCCACCUGCAUGACGAGAGAGCAUGGCAACAAAGGCAGCCGGCCAUGAGUGAGUCGGUCUGUUCCCUUCCCGAGUCCCUCUCCCCACCUCCAGCAGCAGCAGCGGGCGAUGAGUCAUAAGUGUCCACACGAGGCCGCUUGCCGGCAUUCUCGUCAGCUCCGCCAGACAUCUGGAAACCAACAACAGAUCUGAAGCGAUUGCUCCUCUCCCUCAGGAUCUGAGGUGGCUGCUUCUCUUCUUCUGGUUCUGUGCCGGUCGGCACCUACCUCCACUGAGUUGCUGUGGAUGGACCAGCAAAUGGGUCGACCGCUCUCCGCCUCAGCACGUCCCUCUCAUAUGCACCAACACGUUUGGAGCGCUUAAGCCCGCAGAUCAUCCCCUAUAUGAAUUUGAUUUUCGGGAUUCUUACCUCGUGGAAUUCCGAGGCGUGUAGGCAGCGUAUGCGAGAGCUGUUUUGGUUAAGCAAAACUAGACAGCAU